CCAUUCACUCAAUACAAAGUGUGGGUAAAGGCUUACGCGAUGAAAUCGGAGGGGGAGUCCAGCAAAACCAUUGAAUUCCGGACAGACGUGACGGGUCCGAGCGCUCCCCUAAUCGUGAACCUGACCUGCGAGGCGGCCAGUGAUGCCCUCCAUGUCUAUUGGGAGCGACCGUCAGUUUUCUACAAUUCAAUCGACUAUUUCUUCAUUUAUUAUCGAUCCGAACAUAAGAGCGACAGUGAGUUCGAGGAGGUGGCCGUCCCGGGAGGGGGUGUUAGCUCACGUUAUGAGCAUUACGCAUUCAUAACCAAUCUGACAAAAGGCACUUUGUAUGAGGUGAAGGUGCAGGGUGCCACCAGGAGUAUCACAGAGCACGCCAAACUUUACCGGGGAGAGUUCAGUGAGCCCCGGAAGGUCAUCCUCCAGAGUAAGUGCAUCAGUUUCGUGUCAUCGCCUUAUGUCGAGCCCACACUCCCGGCGUCGAUGAUCGCGGGCGUCGUCUGCGCGUCGUUUGCCUUAAUACUGGCGGUCCUAUCGUUUGUCUUGUGGCGGAAGUACUUCCAGGCGGCCUAUUACUACUUGGAUGACCCGCCCUCUGCCACCAGAGGAGGGUCACCACAACUAUCCGAAGUAUUUGACGACUCGGAGUACACAUCGGUUCCCGUCACGCAGUGGUCUAAACACGUCCAGGACUUGCAUUCAGACGGAGACCUGGGUUUCUCUCGCGAGUACGAAGCCAUACAACACGCGACUGACUUAGACCUGUCGUGUCAACACUCGCAGCUCUUGGAGAACAAGAAUAAGAACCGAUACGUGAAUAUUGUGGCCUACGAUCACACGAGGGUUGUCCUCAAGCCGUUGAGCACUCAGAAGAAGAGUGGCAUCGACUAUAUUAACGCCAAUUAUAUCGAUGGUUAUGGCAAAUCUCAGGCAUACAUCGGAACUCAAGGGCCCCUCCCCUCCACGUUUGACGACUACUGGCGAAUGAUUUGGGAGCAACGCGUCUGCAUUAUAGUAAUGAUAACUAAUCUAAUGGAAAGGGGAAGACGCAAGUGUGACAUGUAUUGGCCUAAAGAAGGCUUGGAAUCUUAUGGCAUAAUUCACGUGAAACUACUUCAGGAGGUAGUGAUGGCUACGUAUACUCUCAGGACAUUCAACGUCAAGAAUCUUAAAGUUAAAAAGAAACACGGGUCAGAGCGCACAGUCUAUCAGUACCACUACACUAAUUGGCCCGACCAUGGAGUCCCCGACCAUCCACUUCCAGUCUUGUCAUUCGUUCGCAAGUCUUCAGCAGCCAAUCCGCCAAAUGGUGGCCCAAUCAUCGUUCAUUGCUCGGCCGGCGUGGGUCGCACCGGCACUUACAUCGUGUUGGACGCUAUGCAGCGACAAAUAAAGCACAGACAGUCCAUCAAUGUCUUUGGAUUCCUGAAGCACAUCCGGCAACAGAGGAACUACUUGGUCCAGACGGAGGAGCAGUAUAUCUUUAUUCAUGACGCCCUCCAGGAGGCCAUCGAGUCGGGCGAUACGGAGGUGCCGUCGAGUCAUCUCUUGAAAUACAUUCAAACCCUACAGACCGGAGGCGACGGUUCCAGUAAUGUUAGCUAUGAUAAGAGCCAUCACUGGCCACUACUCGAGCGACAGUUCCGUCUCGUCACUCAAUUCAAGGCGAAAGACUUUAAUGUCGUGUCAGCUCUAAAGCCGUGCAAUAAAAUGAAGAACAGAUCACUGAAUCUGAUUCCACUCGAAGCACAUCGCGUUCACAUAAUUCCCAAAACUCCGGGAACUGAUGGCUCCGACUAUAUAAACGCAACAUUCCUCCCCGGAUUCAAUCGGCUCCGGGAGUUCAUUAUAACGCAACACCCGGUUUGGGACACAAUCUCUGAUUUCUGGCAAAUGACAAUAGUCGUCCUCUCAUCAGUCAUCGACGAGAAGGAGUUCCCGCAGUUCUGGCCGGACAGGGAUGACGAGAGUGAUUACGGCUCAUUCAAAGUCAAGCUCACAGAUGAGGCGCGUAUAGUGCAAGAGGGCGGAGGUUUCAUCACUACCCGAGACUUUAUGCUGCAGUCAACUCAAGACGAUUACGAGCUUUGCUGUCGAGUCGUGCACUGUUCCGAUUGGCCGGAACGACAGCCCCUCACAAAUGUGUUUGAUUUGGUCAAAGUGGUGCAGGACUGGUACGUUGAGAUGCCUAAUGGACCCGUCAUUGUCAUGGAUAAGUUCGGGGGCACAGAAUCGGCAACUUUUUGCUGUCUGACCACACUUUACAAGCAACUAAACUUCGAGGAUUGCGUCGAUGUCUAUAUGUACGCAAAGCUGUAUCACUUGCGACGGCCGGGUAUUUGGCGAUCACAGGAUGACUUCCUAUUCCUGUACCGCGCGUUAGAGUCGUUGGUCUCAAACAUAACCGAUGAGAGCAACAGUCCGUACGGCAGUCAACUCACCGUAACUAACGGCCCCUCCAACGGACACGCCAUCAAAAUAGGGCUGAGCGGCGAACAAACACUUAAAGUUCCAGAAUUAGCGUAAUGAUUAGGCACAAUUAGGAGUUCCCAUAAUACUAAGCAGCGAUUACAGGAUAUUAUUGUUGGCAUAACUUAUUAAACAAGCAGAAAUUGACAGAACAAAUAAUAAUUGAGAGUAAUUCGUGAUUUGUUAUAACAUUUUUACAGUUAAUUUUUUUCAUUACCAAACAAAUUAUUGAUACAAUUAAUUGCUCAUCAAUUGUCUCACGA